AUGGCGAUCCUCAACAGAAUAUUUGGAAAAUCGGCCAAACAAUCAACUGAAGAUCAAAUCAAGGAACAAGGAUUUGAAAUCAGUACUUGUUCAGAAACAUGCGACGACUGCACUGCAAAAUUCCCCAAGUCAUUGUCCUUUGAAGAGGAUGCUAAUCUUUGGCAAUCAACAAAGCCAUACGGAUUGCACUUGAACGUAGCAACGGGAAGGACGGACUGGCCUCAUGAUGCAACGGGGACACCCAAUACCUUAUCUAAUGCAGUUGCUAAGUGGGCAAAAAAACAUGGCGACUGUCCAAUAGGGACCAUCAAGGUUACCUGUUCGUCUUUGGCUAACGAUGAACUAUUUUCGGACGAAGAUUACAUAACUGAGCAAACAGGGGAUGUAUUGGUUUUGCCCUAUUUCUUGUGGAUUAAAGGGUUGAAAAUCGCUGAUGUUGACAAAGUCUUAUCAAAAUUACUAUACAUAUUAUCCACCACUGAGCAUGAUAAGUUGCAAGUGCAAGACAUCCAGGCACAGAUUCCACAAAUCAUACCUGACAUAAACAUGGCCUACAUCCUUUUAUGUUCCCAUCGUACCAGAGACAAGAGAUGUGGAGUCACAGCACCCAUAAUGAAACGAGAAAUGGAAAUGUACUUGAGAGAGUUGGAUUUGUAUCGUGACAUGUGUGACAACUCGCCCGGUGGUGUCAACGUUGGGUACAUAAACCAUAUUGGUGGCCAUAAAUAUGCUGCCAAUGUGAUCAUAUAUUUAAAACUGUCAGGAAAGAACAUUUGGUUGGCAUUGUGCAAACCGAAUAACGUGAGACCGAUCAUUGAUGAAUGUAUCUUGCACGGUAAGGUGUGGCCAGAUAAGGUGAGGUUGGUUCAAAAGUUUAAUCCAAUAGAGUGGUGA